AUGCCAGACACAUCUAAUAGUCCCAUUCCCUUGGCCGAGGCGACCAAUGGGAGAGCAGCACUGUACCACAUGGCAAACCAAAACGGGGUGGAGGACAAGGCGGAGGAGAAGGGUGAAGAGGCGGAGGUGGAGGCGAUGGAGGCGGUGGAGGAGGAGGCAAAGAAGAAUAGGAGGAACAGAAGCAUUUGGUGCCACUGUGCACUUGGAUGUAUUCCAGUCAAAUGCACCACCUACCUGCUUGUCCUCUGUAUGACCUCAAAGACCCUGGAAUCGGUGUUUGUGCCUGUACGUGGUGUGAAGCCCCCCAAAAAUGGACACAUUGGAUAUAAUGUGCAAGUCUUUCAAGCCCUUUUGAUAGCCUUAAUUGGGCCUUUGGCUGCGGUCAGGCGGGAGCUCCUCUCCCAGGCCCGCUUCUCCCCCCUACCCAAACUCUUUACCUCAUUGUAG